AUGAAUGAAAGUGAGGGUGAAGGCGCGGAAGGCACUGUAUGUAACGUAAAAGAUGUUCCUGGAGCUGCAGCAACUGCACAUGAUGGAGAGAGUGAGGCUGAAACUACUGAUAACAUCGAAAAUGAAUUACGAGAUAUACUUGGAUCAAGCCCAAAGGAGCCCUAUCAGUAUUCAGAUUCCGAGUAUGUUCCAGAUCAUCGCAGUAGGAGCUCUUCGCUAAAUUUGCAACAUAUUCUUGAAGAUUUGUCUAAUGAAGAAGACCAGUCAACUAAUAAAGUUUCCAUCUUAUUUCCAGAGUACGUGAAACACGCCACCGAAGAUUUUUACAAAGAUAUUAGCAGAAAAUCCGUGGAGAAUUUAUUGAGGACAAGACAGAACGGGACAUUCGUUAUCAGGCCUUCUCAGAAUUCAAUUCUAGGUACAAUAUCCGUUGUGCAAGAUAGUAAAGUUUUCCAUUUAAAUAUUAGACGACGAGAAGAUGGCUUUAUUGCACUAGGUAAACUAAUAAGAGUAUUCAUUUCUGUCAUGGAAGGUGUUGGUAUUAUGAAAAAGAAACGUAAAAUUUAUUCUGAUGAAAGUGGGAAACGUGAGUGUUCUAAGAAGAGAAAGAGUAACGGAGAAUCAUACAUCAAUCGUUCUCAGAUUGAGGUUAUGGCAAAGGAGUUUUGUAUUGUAAGUAGCUGUUGCUUGGACAGUUGCUGUAGUAAUAUCGAUGCAGACUGUCAGUUACAACUUUACGAUACUUUUUAUAGUCAAUCUAAAUCACUUCAAGAUGCCCAUUUGGCUAGUUGCAUGUCAAGACACACCAAAAGAAAACUCGUGUCAAUGUGUGGUCUUAUGUGA